AUGAAAUCUCCAAGUUCUUAAUUUGAUUCAAAACUAUUUACUUAUUAAAUAAUUAAAGAUAAUUCAAUUAAGAAAGACUAGUAUUGCUUUGUAAUUGCAAUUAAAGAGGAUUGUUCAAUUGUAGCAGUUGGUUGUUAUAACCAAAUAAAAAUAUAUGAAUUCAAAUUGGGCAUGAUAAAAUAAAUUCAAACCUUAUAUUAACACAAUAACGAAGUAUUCACUUUGAAUUUCAUGAAAAAAUCAAAUUAAUUAAUCUCUGGAGAUAGUGGUGGAUCUAUUUUAAUUUGGUCAAGCCAUGAUAAUUGUUAAUGGAAUUGCUCAUAAAUAAUUAAAGAACAUAGUCAUUAUAUCAAUUGUUUAAUUUUGAAUAACAAUGAAGAUCUUUUUAUUUCUAGCAGUUCAGAUAAUACAAUUAAGUUUUGGAUUAAACAAAAUGAAUGGACUUGUUAAUAAACAAUCACUGAUCACACUAGUUAUGUUUUUUAACUAUGUUUAAACGAGCAACAAGAUAAAGUUAUUUCUUGUGGAUAAGAUAAUAGAAUAUUAGUAAUUGAGUAUUCUGAAUAAAGUAAAAUGUGGAUUGUUAUAUAAAAUAUAAAAGUUGAUUAACAAGGAUAUCGAUUAUGUUUUAUCAACGAUGAUUUAUUCACAUUUCAGCCAAGAUAUGGCAACAUGAUGCAUGUUUAUGAGAUGAAUAGUGUCAGCAAAUAGUUCACUAAAACAAAAAAUAUUACUAUAAAUUAAGGUACUGAUUAUUGGCAAUUAUUUUCAUAAUAGUUUAUUAAAGAAAAAUAGAUAUUAGUGAAUAAGCAUAAAUAAUGUGUCAAUUUAAUAAGAAAGACAGAAAAUAAUGGGUUUAACGUUGAGUAAUCCAUUCAAUUUAAUACUCUUUCUAUAUUUGGAUAAUUGAGCAAUGAUGGUCAGUAUUUAAUAACUUGGGAUGAUUAAUCUAAAGAAAUUUAAAUUCGAGAAUAUCAACCACUAUGA